AUAGCGGCGGCCGGGCCCCAACGCAGCGGGAACGAUGGAGGGAGAUGGAAACCUGCUCGGGAAGCGCAGCCACGGCGUGGAGCAGCAGGCGGCGGUGCCCAUGAUCCCAGCCAUGGAGCUGGCCCAGGAGCCGGAGAAAGCAGCGCCCAGAGGCGGCGGCAAGGAUACCAACACCUACAAAGUGCUCUCCCUGGUACUUUCUGCCUGUGUGCUAACCAUAAUCCUAGGGUGUAUAUUUGGACUGAAGCCUAGCUGUUCAAGAGAUGUCAAAACCUGCAAAGGCCGUUGCUUCGAGAGGACAUUUGGAAGCUGCCGCUGUGAUAGAAAUUGUGUUGAACUUGGAAACUGCUGCUUAGAUUUCCAGGAAACAUGCAUACAGCCAGCUCAUAUAUGGACCUGCAAUAAGUUCCGGUGUGGAGAGAAGAGGCAGAAGGACUAUCAUUGUUCCUGCUCAGAUGAUUGUGUGGAAAACAAAGAUUGUUGUGUCAAUUAUUAUAUAAUGUGCCAAGGAGAGAAAAGUUGGGUCGAAGAACAAUGUGAGGACAUUAGUGAGCCCCAGUGUCCAGCAGGGUUUACAAAACCCCCAGUGUUGUUGUUUUCUUUGGAUGGCUUCAGAGCAGAGUAUUUGCAUACAUGGGGUGGACUUCUUCCUGUUAUUAGCAAAUUACAAGAAUGUGGAACAUACACUCCCAACAUGAGACCAGUGUAUCCAACAAAAACGUUCCCCAAUCAUUACAGCAUUGUCACAGGGCUGUAUCCAGAAUCCCAUGGCAUAAUUGAUAACAAGAUCUAUGACCCCCAUAGAAAUGCUUCCUUCACGCUUAGAAAUGCAGAGAAGUUUAAUCCACAGUGGUACCAAGGACAGCCUAUCUGGCUGACAGCUGUGUAUCAAGGUCUAAAAACUGGUACAUUCUUCUGGCCUGGAUCAGAUGUAAGAAUUAAUGGAACUUUUCCAGACUUCUAUAAGGCAUAUAAUGAUGCAGUCCCAUUUGAGGAAAGGGUGAUAACUAUUCUUCACUGGCUGCAGUUACCUGAAUAUGAAAGACCACACUUUUACACUCUGUAUUUAGAAGAACCAGAUACCUCAGGCCAUAAGUUUGGACCAGUCAGCAGUCAAGUCAUUCUUGCACUACAGAGAGUGGACAACAUUGUUGGGAUGCUGAUGGAUGGCCUGAAACAACUGAACUUGCACAGAUGCCUAAACAUCAUUCUUCUAUCUGAUCAUGGUAUGGAAAAAGCUAGCUGCAGUAAAACAGUGUCCCUGAGCACAUACAUGGAGGAUGUUCAAGAUAUCACAGUAAUUCCUGGCCCAGCAGCUCGUUUACGUCCCCAAAAUGUUCCAGAUGAGUAUUUCUCUUUUGAUUACCAGAAUGUUACCAGUCAGCUUACAUGCAUAGACCCGAAUCAGCAUUUCAAAGCAUUUUUGAAAGAGUUCUUACCCAAGCGUUUUCACUACAUCAACAAUGACCGGAUUGAACGUGUACAUUUUUACUUAGACCCUCAGUGGCAACUUGCUAGAAAACCAUCUGAGAUCAAGCAUUGCCAUGGCGGGUUCCAUGGCUCAGACAAUCUCUUCGUGAAUAUGCAGGCUCUCUUCAUUGGCUUUGGACCUGGAUUCAAGUUCAAGACUCAAGUUGACCCUUUUGAAAAUAUUGAAGUCUACAAUUUAAUGUGUGAUUUGCUUGGUUUAACACCAGCCUACAACAAUGGAACUCAUGGAAGCCUAAAUCACCUUCUAAAGAAUCCUGUUUACAUUCCAAGCCAUCCAGAAGAGGAAAGUCAUCCUUCUGAAUAUCCACUCAUGAAAACCACACCAUUGGACAUUGGUUGCUCAUGUAAUUUGUCAGGCUUGCUGAUAAGGGAAUUUCAGCAACAGUUAAAUCACACUACAUCAGAAGUAAAGAAGAUAGAAAAAUACAGUUUGCCUUAUGGGAGACCCAGGGUUCUACAGAAGAACAGCACAUACUCCCUCCUUUAUCAUCAGCAGUAUGUGAGUGGAUACAGCCAGGAUCUCAAUAUGCCUUUGUGGAGUGCCUACACUGUUAACAAAUAUGAUAACCGGACUGCUUCUGUGCGAAAUGUGCCCAGCUGUUUACAUGUGGACAUUCGUAUCCCUUCUCGUUCUAGUCAUACUUGUUCAUUUUACAAAAGUCGCCAUCAACUGAACUAUGGAUUUCUUUUCCCUCCAAAUCUAAGAAAAAACACAAAGAAGAGUUCCUAUGAAGCGCUACUUAACAGCAACAUUGUGCCAAUGUAUGACGAGUUUAAAGUAUUAUGGAACUAUUUCUGUGAUGUCCUGCUGCCAAAAUAUGCUCUGGCAAGGAAUGGUGUCAAUGUAGUCAGUGGCCCUGUGUUCGAUUAUGACUCUGAUGGGCUGUAUGAUACUUCAGAAAAAGUGAAAAGGUUAAACCGUGACACAGAAGUGCUGGUUCCAACUCAUUACUUCAUUGUGCUAACAAGUUGUAAAAAUAUUUCCCAGACCCCUUUGCAGUGUGAAGGGACUCUAGAUACUUUAUCUUUCAUUGUACCUCACAGGCCAGACAACAGUGAAAGCUGUCCAAGUCACAAACAUGGCUUUUUAUGGAUUGAAGAGAGAAUGAGGUUUCAUACAGCCCGUGUCAGAGAUGUAGAACUCCUCACUGGACUCAGCUUCUACCAAGACAGAAAACAGCCAGUGUCUGAUAUUUUACAGUUAAAAACAUAUUUAUCAACUUUUCCCUUGGAGUGAAAUUUGUCUAUUUCACAACUAAUUUUGUAAAUACACUAUUUUAUCUUCAGGAAAAAAGUCUUUACAUAAUCUGGGACACUUACUGGGAGCUGUGGACCAUACUGGGAAUUGGACAGAAUCUGUGCCACAUUCAUAUCUCAGGAAUAUUUGAUGGACUAAGUAUAACAUAGGAAGAUUGCUCCUGUUGGUUUUAUGCCCACUUGUGCUAGAAUUGCGUUGCUAUUAAAGCUGAUCUGAUGGAUUUAUAUAGCUUGUAUACAGAGACAAUGAGGAGAAAAUUAGUGGCCCCUCCUAAAUAUUUAAUUACAUUGUACUGGGAGAAGUUUAUAAGGGAGGAAUAAUGACAAUAUUUUGAUUAAAAAAAUAAAGACAAUUGGCAAUAUGUUAAAAUCUAGAAAGCCAUUAAAAUCAUGAUUAACGUAACAUUACACAAAUGGUUCCUUUUCAAUCUGUCUUAUAAGGGAGGAAGCAGAACAUUUAGUGAAUUAGACUUUGAGCAAUGUGCUAUAUUCCAUGUAAAGCUAUAUUGCAUGUGUAAUGGGAUCCACUUCCAAAUGGGUCUUCAGUAAGGAUAUGUCUACACUACCCCGCUAGUUCGAACUCAUUCCAUGAGGAGUACAGCUAGUUCGGAUUAGAAGCCUAAUCUGAACUAGCUACUCCGUGCCGGGAUUUAAAAAUGGCGGCGCCCGGCUUAUGCAAAUGAAGCCUGGGAAAUUCAAAUCCUGGGCUUCAUUUGCAAGUGCGGUAUGUCUACAUUACCCUCCUAGUUCGAAUUAGGACGGUAGUGUAGACAUACCCUAAGGGAAGAGUGCAAGACUUCUAGUACAAAAGCAUAUAGUUGGUAACUGGUAGUAGUAGUAGGUUGUUGUUCUGCAGUGGACUAGAAACUAAAGAGAAAUGUGUUAUGUAUGCAUUCUGUGACUGCAGGGAUGUGGUGCUUCAGAGUACAUAUGUGAUAAGGAAUGAGCCAAAUAGAAUCUUAGGAUAAUUUUGGAGAAUUAUCUCACUCCGGGUGAACCCAGACUUGAUUAAUACAUUUUGCUUUCUUAAGGAUUCAAGGUCAUUUUUAGAUUUGGCAUAAUAAAUUUGUCAUUUUAAGGAAAACUGACUUUUGAGGAGAAAAAAAUGCCAUUUUCCAGAGGAGUAUUGCUUUAAUUUGUAUUGAAUAGUCCCCUUGCAAACAUUCAAAGCUGAUUUUUUUCCUGAAUUCCUUUUCAACGUAGUUUGUCCCUAGAGAGGCAUCAACUGACUAGAUCCCAUCUACAUUUCCAGUGGCGCCCUUUUAUCCCCAAUGUACAUAAAUUGCUGUUCACUUACUUUGCAUGCAAAUACUGCCAGAUGCAAAGCCAUCACAGACAAAACAGACAGCUGUCUUGGAAGUUGUAGUGCUUUCCAACUAGGUACUGGUAAGGCAAUAUGCCAUCACUUCCAUAAUCCCACUUUGUCUCCUUUCAUCUAUAAAGGACUGGGCUCUGUAUAUAGGGAUUUUUUUAUAAUCAAUUAUACAUAUCUAUUUUUUUAACCCACAAGCUACAUUAAAAGAAUGUAGAGUCUGUGGCAGAGCAUCACAGAGAGGGUAUGUCUACACUACCCCGCUAGUUCGAACUA